AUGGCUGACGAUUUGGGUUUGGAACUCGGAAAAAAGAAAAAGACAAAGAAGGUGAUUAGGAUUGACGAUGAUGUCGAUACUCCUGAAGCUGCAGCCGACGAAUUUUCUGAGCUUAAACUUGAUGGAAAGAAGAAAAAGAAAACUCCAAAGGUUGCACCAGAAGAAGUUGUUGAAGAAAAGAAACCCACUCUUGAUAUCGGAAUUGGUGCUGAAAAUUUGAUCGAUGCGAAAAGGCCAUGGCCUGAUUACACUUAUGAGGAAGCUCUUGCCCUUGUUUUCCAAAUAAUGAAGGACAAAAAUCCGGAAUUAUCUGGUGAGAAGAAAAAAUUCGCCUUGAAGCUUCCUGAAGUGGGAAGAGCCGGUAGCAAAAAGACAGCGUUCUCAAACUUUUCGGAAAUCUGUCGAUUGAUGAAAAGACAAGACAAACAUGUGCUCCAGUUCAUUCUUGCCGAAUUGGGAACAACUGGAUCGAUCGACGGUAGCAAUUGCUUGAUUAUCAAGGGAAGAUGGCAGCAAAAACAGAUUGAAAGUGUUCUCAAGAAGUAUAUCAAGGAAUACGUAAUGUGCCACACGUGCAAAUCAUCAGACACCCAACUAACGAAAGACACCAGGUUAUUCUUCCUCACGUGCAACGCCUGUGGAUCUCGAUGUUCCGUCGCUACAGUCAAAAGCGGUUUUACUGCGAUGGUCGGAAAACGAGCAGCAGCACGACGUGCGGCCGAAGCAACCGCCGGAAAGUAG